AUGUUCCGCAAUCAGUAUGACAGUGAUGUUACUGUAUGGAGCCCACAGGGCCGACUUCACCAGGUGGAUUAUGCAGUGGAAGCGAUGAAGCAGGGCAGUGCCACUGUUGGAGUGAAAAGCAAUACACACGCUGUACUUGUGGCACUUAAGCGCGCUGCGAAUGAAUUAUGCUCUCAUCAAAAGAAAAUCUAUGAAUUGGACACUCAUUCUGGGGUCUCUAUUGCGGGCUUGCUUUCUGAUGGUCGAAUACUUGCGCGUUUUUUACAAACAGAAUGUUCUGCAUGGAGAUGGGAUUACAAAGAGCCUGUGCCAAUUCAAGUGCUUAAUAAUCGGAUCCAACUUAGUAAGUCUCGUUUGUGUUUCUCCUAUGCAAAGGAGAAGAAGCAAAAGCUGGUGCUUGAAUUUUACCAAAUAAUGCAAAUUUUGCUAGAAAGUAGGAAAAAUUUUUGCAAAAAUUGAUU